AUGGCUGAUAAGUUUCUUUAAUUAACAAAUAAUUAUUGCUAUCAAUACUCAAGAAGAACACAAAAGUUGAAUGAUCACGCCUAAAAUUCACAGAGAAUCUAUACUGACAUUUCACCUUUGCCAAAAUAAAACAACCCUAUUUACAAUUCUCCUAGGAAAUUAAUGAAAACUACAUGUGCUUCUUUUUUUGAUCAUUUUUAAAAACUUCCAAGUCCUAAACUCACUGCUUAUUAGACAUAUCUUUAAACAAUAUUAUAAAAUAAGAAUGAGAUAUAAGCCAAAUAAAAUUACUAACCCUCCUUUACAUUACAUAACAUUUAUGGAUAGAAAAUUAGUGCUUAGAAAUAGUCAAAGGAUACAAUUAAAUAAAUUUAAAACCAACAAUAAAAUAAAUCAGCUUGCAAAAUUUAGUUAAAAAACACAACCAACUCUAAUUCAUAAUAUCACUCUCCCCGUAAAACUAGAAUAUAGUGUAUAAAUAAUUAAUCAAGAAUAUAAAUUAUAAACAACCAAUCUAAAUAAAUUUAAAAAACUAAAAUAGAUCCUAUUUAGGAGAAAUCUGUCUAGUAAGAACUUUAUUCCAGAAUAUAAAAUAUUGAAAGCAAAAGAAUUUUAACAUUUGAUGACAAUUUUGAUGAUAUCGAACCAUGGAAUACAUCAGAAUAAAAAUAUUGA